GCGCUGGCCCAGCGUGUUGAGGGGUGGUAUGAAGCCCAGACCGUAUUAAAAACACCAAGGGUGUAUGGUCUAGUGGUAUGAUUUUCGCUUCGCAUUACGUCCUCCCUCUGUAUGCCCUGUGAAAGGUCCCCGGUUCAAUCCCGGGUGCAUCCAAACGUUUUGUCUCUCCCGGUAAUGUGAGGGCACAUUGCUUUUUGCCUUUUCCACGUGAGCAGCCUCAAAGCUCCCGUCUCCACGGAGCACGAAAUGCCCCAAAUCCAAAUCGGCUUGGUGGCCGAGUCCAACCCCGCCACACCACUGCGCAACCGCUCACUUCCGGCAUCUCCACUCAGGAGCCGAGGCCCCGCAGACCAGCCAGUCGACCGGAUACAGCGGCUUAUUUACUCGCUCCCCCGAAUGACGGCGUCGAGCUGAGUUUAGGUCACUACCAGAGUACGUGGCUUCAAGAGAGAAAGACACAAGAAUGGCCCAACCAACCUCCUUGACACCCUUCUCAUUGGCCAGCCGGGUCGAGAGGCUCGACUCGCACACGUACAAGGCGAACCUGGUUGACGGCUACUGCAUUGGUACCGUGCCGAAUGGAGGCUAUGUGGCAUCGUGUCUGGUGCGGGCGGCCAGCAUCCACCUCGCAGCCCGCGGCCAGACCGACACCCUGACGGCUCACUUCGAGUUCCUCAACCGCACCGAGGUUGGGCCCGCCAUUAUCGUCGUCGACGACGUCAAGCCCGGCCGCCAGCUGUCGACGGUCCAUGUCACCCUGUACCAGCAUGCGCUCCUACCCCAGUACCCCUGGAUCACGCCAGGAACCACGCGCAAGGAAAUCGCCGCGUACAUGACCAUGGCCGACCUGCAAAAGGAGCAAGGCAUCUCCUUGCCCACCGGCUGGACUUUGAGCCAGCCGUCUGCCCCGCCGCCCACGCCCGACUUUGCAGCCCUGCGCAGGGGCCACGACGCCCACUGGGAGCCUCUCGUCUUCCUGCCCGGCAAUGUCCUCGCAUACACGCGCUGCCUGCAAAACUGCGCCUACUACGCUCCGCGCGGCGGCCAGCCGUCCAAGAGCACCAUAGACCUCUGGGUGCGCUUGGCCUCGGGCGAGCCCUUCACCAACGCAUCCCUGGCCUACGUGGCCGACUGCUGGCCCUACGUCGUCGAGGCUUACCGGCCCUCCAAGGAAGACGCCGCCGCCGCCGCCGCCGCCGCCAACAGCCCUCUGCCCUUUCCGCAAGACUCGGUGUUCUGGUACCCCACAGUCGUGCUAAACCUCGACCAGAAGAAGACACUGCCCGCCAAGGGCCUAGAUUGGCUUCGGCUUCGGGUCCAGACAAAGCAGAUUAGGAACGGCAGGCUGGAUCUCGAGGUCGUGGUGAUGGAUGCAGACGGAGAGCUGGUCGCUCUGAGCCAGCACGUCGCUCUGAUUCUGGACAGCGCGAGGAACACCGGUGAGAGGAAGACAAAGACGGGCAAGGCCUCGGGGAGCCACAUGUAAGGAGCGCACGAAAUCAGAGCAGAUAUACGCAACACUGAAACCAUGCACCAAGUGAGGUACUUUGAAGGAGAUGCCCAGCUAACUACACCU